AUCAGUUGCAAAACCAUCGAUUAGUUGUUAUCUGUUAUCUGAUAAUGUUAUUUUUCAACUGGAAAACACCCAAAAAUUUAAAAAAUGUCAGAACGCUUCUCUGAGUCCUUACUUCGUGGUGCAAAAAGUGGAAACUUAGAACAGGUGAAGCAGUCGUGGAUACAAGCAGAAGAUAAAUACGAAAGAGAUUUUCUGGGACAUAACGCCCUAACGUUGGCAAUAAUUCACGACCAUUUUGAAAUAUUUAAGUAUUUGGUGGACACAGGUUUUGUUUUAGACUUGGUCAACGAUGUUUAUUCUAAUUUUAUAAUGUUGUGUGGAACCAGCAAAGCGAGGUACUUGUCAGAACAUCGAGGUGAUGAUAGUUUCCUGGGAGCAACGGCGCUCAUUUGCGCUGUCAAAAAACGUAAUUUUGACAUGGUUCGCUACUUGGUUGAAAAAGGAGCUUGUGUUAAUUUAGUUGAUAAGGAAGGGUACGGAGCAUUGUAUUAUGCCAUACGGGAAAGAUGUGACAAAGAAAUGAUCGAAUAUUUAAUAAGGGAAGGAUCUGAGGUUGGAGUGGCUUGCGAACAGGUGGACGAAUAUGCUGAGUUUCACCAGGAUUUUACCUCAUAUUGGAGCGAACUUAGAAGAGAACUAGAAAUAUGAGUUUCUGUGUUGUUAUUUGCAAGAGGUGGAUGAGCUUUAGACUAAAUGAAGUUUUAAUUAUCUACUAUUGUGUUUUCACCCCACUUAAAAUUCACUGACGUCAUUCCAAAAUUUUGCUUGAACCAGGUGAAUUACCCAAUCCCACGAGACUCUUGUAUAAUACCGAUUUUUUAACCAACGGUAACACAUGGUACGUUAACCUCUGAGAAUAGUCUCGAGUGGUAAAGCAGAACUGCAUUUCUAUGAACUCGAGGAAUCCCCUUGUUCAAAUGGCCUCAUUUCAAAUAUAUAAACGCCGGCAACAGUUCUGCAGCAUCAUUCGAGUUGCUUUCACGACACGACCGAGUCUUCAGAACUUGAAUUCACUCACAAUGAAGUCCGCUGUAAUUAUUGCUUUAGUUUUGGCGGUAUUUUUGAUCAAUACUAUCUCGUGCUCUGAUGCAGAAGAGCAAAAAGUUUUACGAAGAUUUGCACGUGCUUCGGUUAAACCAUCUUGCGUGAAUCGCCGGUGUACCAUCAAUGGACACUGCUCCGACUGUUGCCGUUUUCCUAAUGUGGGACUGUGUAGUUUUAAAACUUGUACUUGUCUCUAAUUUGUUAAGUUUGUUUUUUUAUAAUUAGUUUUUCGUUUUGUCAAUGCAGGUGCACUAAGUACUGAGUAUUAAUAAUUAUAUAAGUGAUAUUUCUCUGUGUUAAAAAUAAAUUUUCUUGAUACUGUAGAA